UUGAGACGAAUAUUUUUAUAACUAACAUUCAAUUCUCAUCCGCGAAACGGUUCACAUGUAGUUUAAGUUCUUUGGCAAACAAACAGACAAACAGACAGUGACGAUAUGUCUAAGUUGAGCUUCCUCGCAUUCGCCGCUGUUUUGUCUUUAGGUUACGGUGUGCAGCAGACAAAUUACGAUAUAAGCCGGCACAGAACGAACGGGGCUCGUAACGGUUUCACAAUAAGAGACAUAUGGAACUAUUUAUUAGGAGGCGGCUACGGUAACGGCUACCACGGCAACUAUCCCGGUUACUAUCCUGGCGGAUCCGGUCUGUAUCCAGGUGGAUAUCCUGGACAAUAUCCCGGGAGCAACUACCCAGGAUACCACCCAGGAUUGGAAGGUCCCCCCGGCGCUCACCCUGGCUGCCCCUUGUGUGACUCAUCGGUGUAUAGCUACUGCUCUCACAAGCAAGCCCAUGACUCCUGCUGCUGUGAAAAUUCUGCAUUUUCUCUAUUCGGCUGUCGCAACUCGGACUGUAAGUUCAUCUAUGCUAACUCAUGUCAAGAAUACCAUCUGAUCACUAACUGUUGCUGCGUCGACUUACAGAAGAAUGCCAUCGCCCCGCCUAUAGUCGCCGCUGUUCCGUAAACAUUAGUGUUGUCAUGCUUUAAAAAUAUUAUAUUUUUUAUAAUGGCAAAACAGAACGCAUCUGUUAUUAAACAUGUGACAAGAUGAAUAUAAAUCUUGGUGUAAAAUUGUAAUCAAUUAAAUCAAUCCUAAUGGAUAGUCUUAACAAUACUGUUGCAGGAGAGAAGUUUCAAUAUUGUGUUAAAAAUAAAAUAAGUUACACUUGACCAUCCCAA